CGAAAAUUUUCACCGAGUGUGCGUGAGAAGUUCGAAAAAUUUUGAGAGAUCCAAUUGCCCUACCGUUUAAUUCUCGUUGUGGCCAUCUAGAUGAACUCAGUUGAACAAGGUGCCCUUCUCCUCAAAAAACAGCUUUCAGAGCUCGACAAGAACCCUCCGGAGGGCUUUUCUGCUGGCCUUAUAGAUGAUGAUAAUUUGUUCAAAUGGGAAAUAAUGGUGGUAGGACCCCCUGAUACUUUCUAUGAGGGAGGUCUGUUCAAGGCACACUUGUAUUUUCCUAGGGAAUAUCCGCAAAAACCACCAAAAAUGAGAUUUAUAUCAGAAUUCUGGCACCCAAAUGUUCACAAAGAUGGCGAAGUUUGCAUUUCUAUUCUUCAUGAACCUGGUGAAGACAAAUAUGGCUAUGAGAAGGCAUCAGAGCGCUGGCUUCCAAUCCAUACUGUUGAAACAAUCUUGAUAAGUGUUAUCUCCAUGAUAUCAGAACCCAAUGAUGAAUCCCCAGCUAAUGUGGAUGCUGCAAAAGAUUGGAGGGAAGAUUACAAUGGAGUUUUUAAGAAAAAAGUAAAACAGUGUGUACGGAAAAGUCAAGAAUUUUGACUUUUGAAGAGUUUGUAGUAUGUUAUUGCUUCUGGAGUCGACUCUAAAAUUUGAUAUUAGUUAUUUCAAUAUUUUCUGUUACAAGUUCUUUAUCAUUAGCAGGGUUUUAAAGGGUUAUGUAUCUACUAGCACUCCUGUGAGCUGAUUACUGCUGUUUAACAAAUUGAAAAAUAUCUCAGAUUUGAUAAGAAAUUGAUAAUAAGGCAUUAAGUGUGUAACUCUCUUGUAAAAUUAUUCAUUUGGAAGUGUAGGAUAGAGGUUAUGAAAUAUUAAUGUUUGCAUGUACAUUGUAUCUGUUCAUGGUGGUAUACAUUUUUUCACUGCUUAUUGUAUAUUCAUUGUUAUGAAGCAGUAUGUAGCUCACCUGCUUGGGGCUUGCUUACAGCACAUCAUUUUGAUGCCAACAAGUAAUCUAGAUUCACACCUUGUAGUAACAAGAUGGUGAAGCCACAUGAAUAAUAACCCUUAAUUUUUUUAUUGACCUAAAUUUGAGCAACGUAAUGACAGAUAUAGAAUAUAAUGACAUGAGAAGGCUUUACUCCAUUCUUUGUCAUCAUAGUUACUGUGUUACAUAUGAAAUUUGUUUUCACAAGAUCAAUCUGGCUUUAUAAAAAUUGUGGGUACACGUUGGAAUAAGAUUGUAGCCAAAAAAAUCAACAAAAAAAUUCUGCCAUUUGCAAAAUCUCUCAAAAGUUCUCUGCUGAACAAAAGAACCUUGACACUAAGUGACACCUACCACUUAGUGCCCUUUUUUUUUUACAUUCUGUGAAAGAACACUUUCCAAUUUUCAAGAUAAUGGUCUACAACACACACAUUGCAAUAAAGAAAGAAUCUUAAGGCAA